GACAUGCAAUUCGUGCAUAACAAUUCUUCCAUUCAUACAGCGAAGCGUGUCAAAGCGUGGCUCGCCGACCGUGGCAUCUCCAGGUUCGAAUUGCCUCCGUACUCGCCAGACCUCAACCCGCAGGAAAACCUUUGGUUCUCACUGAAAGCGAAGCUGAAUAAAAUGCGACCU